GUUUUGGAAUAUCUUUCCUAUAUAAUACAAAAUUCUCCCCCAUAUAAUUAUUCCCAAAAAACUCAUUAUCUUCUCAUAUUGUCAAAGCUCAGAAGUAGAAGACUUAAUCUGAAAAGAUGGCAGAGGAAAGGACUGGGAUUGCCAAGGAUGUUACUGAAUUGAUUGGUAAAACUCCAUUGGUGUACCUGAACAAUAUUGUUGAUGGAUGUGUUGCUCGAGUUGCAGCGAAGCUGGAAAUGAUGGAGCCAUGCUCUAGCGUUAAGGAUAGGAUUGGUUAUAGUAUGAUUACAGAUGCUGAGGAGAAAGGGCUCAUUAAACCAGGACAGAGUGUUCUGAUUGAACCUACAAGUGGAAACACUGGGAUUGGGUUGGCAUUCAUGGCUGCUGCAAAGGGCUACAAGCUUAUCAUCACCAUGCCUGCUUCCAUGAGUCUGGAAAGAAGGAUUCUUCUCCGCGCCUUCGGAGCUGAGUUGGUGCUCACUGACCCUGCAAGGGGAAUGAAAGCUGCCAUACAAAAGGCUGAAGAGAUUAUGGCCAAAACACCCAAUUCCUACAUUCUCCAGCAAUUCGAAAACCCUGCAAACCCAAAGAUUCAUUAUGAAACCACUGGACCUGAAAUCUGGAAAGGUUCAAAUGGUAAAAUAGAUGCUUUGGUCUCUGGGAUUGGCACUGGUGGCACAGUUACUGGUUCAGGCAGAUUCCUUAGGGAACAGAAUCCCAACAUAAAGCUGUAUGGAGUGGAACCUGUUGAGAGUCCUAUUCUCAAUGGAGGAAAGCCAGGUCCACACAAGAUCCAGGGAAUCGGGGCCGGUUUUAUCCCUGGAGUGUUGGAAGUUGAUCUUCUGGAUGAAGUCAUUCAAAUCUCCAGUGAUGAAGCCAUUGAAACUGCAAAGCUGCUUGCAGUGAAAGAGGGAUUGCUUGUGGGAAUAUCAUCUGGUGCAGCAGCAGCAGCUGCAAUCAGAAUCGCCAAGCGGCCGGAGAAUGCGGGGAAACUCAUUGUUGUUGUUUUCCCGAGCUUUGGGGAGCGUUAUCUUUCUUCUGUGCUCUUUGAAUCUAUCAGGCAUGAAGCUGAGAACAUGACCUUUGAGACUUGAAGUUCUUCUGGAGAUUCAAGUCACAUUGUUGGUUAUCUACAGACACCUUUUUUUUUUUUUUUUUUUU